CCGCCGCUGCAUCAAAGAGACCGAAUUCCCGCGGCCUGGGGGGGAGUCAUGCUUUGCGGUCUGUAAUGUCAGCAGAACAGGAGAAGGAUCCCAUUUCGCUGAAGAGAGUUCGAGGUGGUGAUAGUGGACUGGAUGGGUUAGGAGGACCAGGUGUACAAUUAGGAAGCCCAGAUAAGAAAAAACGCAAGGCAAAUACACAGGGACCUUCUUUUCCUCCGUUGUCUGAGUAUGCUCCACCACCGAAUCCAAACUCUGACCAUCUAGUGGCUGCUAAUCCAUUUGAUGACAACUAUAAUACUAUUUCCUAUAAACCACUACCUUCGGCAAAUCCGUAUCUUGGCCCUGGUUAUCCUGGCUUUGGAGGCUAUAGCACAUUCAGAAUGCCACCUCACGUUCCCCCAAGAAUGUCUUCCCCAUACUGUGGUCCUUACUCACUCAGGAAUCAGCCACACCCAUUUCCUCAGAAUCCUCUGGGCAUGGGUUUUAAUCGACCUCAUGCUUUUAAUUUUGGGCCACAUGAUAAUUCAAGUUUUGGAAAUCCAUCUUACAAUAAUGCACUAAGUCAGAAUGUUAACAUGCCUAAUCAACAUUUUAGACAAAAUCCUGCCGAAAACUUCAGUCAGAUUCCUCCACAGAAUGCUAGUCAGGUUUCUAACCCUGAUUUGGCAUCUAAUUUUGUUCCUGGAAAUAAUUCAAAUUUUACUUCUCCAUUAGAAUCCAAUCAUUCUUUUAUUCCUCCUCCAAACACUUUUGGUCAAGCAAAAGCACCACCCCCAAAACAAGACUUUAGUCAAGGAGCAACCAAAAACACUAAUCAAAAUUCCUCUGCUCAUCCACCUCACUUAAAUAUGGAUGACACAGUGAAUCAGAGUAAUAUUGAAUUAAAAACUGUUAAUCGAAACAAUGCAGUAAAUCAAGACAACAGUCGGUCAAGCAGCACUGAAGCAACAAACAACAGCCAUGCAAAUGGUACGCAGAAUAAGCCACGACAACCAAGAAGUGCAACAGAUACGUGCACCACUGAAAAAAGCAAUAAGUCCUCCCUCCACCCAAGCCGUCAUGGUCAUUCGUCGUCUGACCCAGUGUAUCCUUGUGGAAUUUGUACAAACGAAGUGAAUGAUGAUCAGGAUGCCAUCUUAUGUGAGGCCUCUUGUCAGAAAUGGUUUCAUCGGAUCUGUACUGGGAUGACUGAAACAGCUUAUGGCCUCCUAACUGCAGAAGCAUCAGCAGUAUGGGGCUGUGAUACCUGUAUGGCUGACAAAGAUGUCCAAUUAAUGCGCACUAGAGAAACUUUUGGUCCACCUACGGUGGGUAGUGACGCUUAAUCGCAGGCAUUAACUAAAGUGGGUUUCUUUUCCUGUGUGUUACAGAGCUUCAGUGACACAGGAUUUUAAUGUUUUACAUUAUUUUUUUAAAAGCACACACAAAAACAUUUACCUUUUGGUUUUUAUUAAUAUUCCACUUCAUUACUAGAACAAAUUUUGUAUUGUUUUUGUCUGCUAUCUUAAAUGAGAAUAAUGUAUAUAGAGGUGCUUUAGAAACAUUUGUAAGUAAAUGUUAGUUGUUAUUUAUCAUAAACAUAAAAGCCUCUCAAAGCUUCAAAAUAAUAUAUAAUGUAGGCAAGUUUAAACUUUUAAAAGUUAGAAUCAUUGAAAAAUGUAUAUUUUAGUGCUGAACUUUGACCGUACCACGUUAAACAUUUAGUUCAGAAAGUUUUUUAAGGAUCCAUUUAACAUGUUUUCACAACAUACGUAGUUGUAAUAUGGGGGAAAGCAUACAUUUUAAUGGAUUUUAAAUAAUAGAAUAUGACAUCAGAUUUCUCCACCACUAGGGUCUUUGGGUUAGUGAAUUUCAUAUUUUCACAUGAAUGUGUCCAGGAUAUCUGUUUGUACAGCUAUGAGACAGAUCUUAGCAUAUAGUAAAUCUUCAGUAAGUAUUUGUUGAUUAACUUGGGGAUUGUACCACAUGAAAUUGCUAAUACCAGAUCAAUUGAAAAUUGACUGCAAUUAGUAAAGUUGGCAUAAAGUAUGUUUCCAGUUGUGCUGUUUAGAAGUAUGCUCUUAAUUUUGAUACUGAGCUGUUAUUGUUUAUUGUUUUCCAGAGAAAUAAAUACUAUAGUAUCCUCAAAAGAAUUGUGAAUACUUUUUUAAAAAUAUGAUUCUAAACUGGGACGUAUUGCAAACGAAGAAGGUAGAAAUAUCAGUUUGUCCUUAGAGGGUUCUGCUAGCAAAGAACUAUUCAGUGAUGGUUUGAAAAAUCUUAUUCUGGGGAUCUGAAUUUCCAAAAUGAACCUCAGGGGAGAUCAAAAUCCAUUUUAAACAAAGAUAAUUAAGCCAAGGUGAAAGCUAACUCACAAAGAGCAAUACGAGACCUUGUAGCAGUCUUAAGGAGUUUCCGCCAUGACUGGGGAAAGUGUAAAAAUGGACCUGAAAGUACCCUCUUGAGAGAUGAUCAAGAAUGGAAACAGUUGGAGGUAUGCUCAUUAAAAUUCAAAACAGCAGAAACCUAUUUUUGGAGCAGGUUAUCUGUGGCUACAAAAAGCAAAUACUGUUUGACAAUUGAUAGCAAUUUAUACAAUGAUUGGAUGCUGGUGAAGUUCCCUAAUAUGUUGACACCAUUAUUAUUGUGACCAAAAUUCUGAAGACUGUAUUGUCAUCUGUGAAAGGGAUAAUUAAUUACUACUAUUUAAACCCACGUGAAACAAUGACAGCAGCAGCAUAUUGUCAAGA